GCGCGGCCCUGGGAAAGCGCAGGAAGGAAAACCGGUGCGCGCGCGCACGCGCGUGCGUGCGCGCAAAAGGAAGAGCCGCGCCUCCGAGAUCCAAGCCCCGCGUUGCGUUGCAAGCGGCAACCUCGGCCGCUCCGGCUUCUCCUCCUCCUGCUGCUGUUGCAGGAAGUGGAAGCUCCCAGGGCUGCGCUGGGAUGGAUUGCAACGAACCUCACGCGGGGCUGUUGCUGGGCGAAGGCGCUGGCGAGGCGGCGGCGGCGGGGGUUGGAGCUGCCGCUGCUGCAAAAGGAAACAAGGGUCCCAUGGAGGGAGACAAAGAGCCAGCCAUCCGGACUCACCAGGGCUCCCCACCGGGCGAGAAGCCCUUCCCGUUCUCUGCCUGGGAAGAGGGCUCGGGGGAUGAGAACGUCUUGGUCAUCCACAGCCAGGUGGAGGAAGAGGAGCACAAGUGCGUCGUGUGCGGGGAGAGCUUCCCCCAGCCGCUGAGCCUCUUGCGCCACCAGAAGCAGCAGCACGCCGGCGAGCGGGCCUUCGUGUGCCCCGAGUGUGGGCGGGGCUUCAGCCUCAAGCACAACCUCAUCAUACACCAGAGAAUCCACACUGGGGAGAAGCCAUUCAGCUGCAGCGUCUGCGGGAAGCGCUUCAGCCUCAAGCAGAACCUGCUCACGCAUCAGCGGGUGCACGGCGGCGAGAGGCCCUUUUCCUGCCCCACCUGUGGGAAGAGCUUCCGGGAGCAGCGUCCCCUCCUUGCCCAUCAGAAAGGGGACUGUGGCUCAGCGGUCAAGGAGAAGCAGGGCGCCCCCGUCCCCCAGCGGAUGCAAACCCGGGGGAGGCCCCGUGCGUCGAGCGAGGGGGAGGAGAGCUAUGGGCAGAAGCCGCUGAGGGUGAAGCCCCAAGGGAAGCCCCAGCAGAAUGGGUCCGCCUUCGCAUGCCGGGAGUGUGGGGAAGACUUCAGCUGCAAGAGUGGCCUUGUCAGUCACCAGAGAAUCCACCGCACGGAGAGACCACCACUUCAGAAUGAGGAGGGCAAGCGACGCUUCGGCCAGAAAGAGGCCCCGAAGAGCCCAAACCAGAGACUCCAUGCGGGAGACACCCCCUUCCAGUGCCUGACGUGUGGGAAAAACUUUGCCCAGAAAGGCAGCCUUGCCGCUCAUCGGAGAAGUCACCUUGGCCAGGAGAUGCUCAGCUGAGGAGGCUACCGCCGGGAUGGGAAGAGUGGGGAAGGCAGUGCAUUGGGAAUAGUCCUGAAAGCAGAAAGUCAGCAGGGGAAAGGGGAGUGCUGAUGGUUUGUGUGGGGAAAUAGGGGGACGCUAGGAGAUGGCCUGAAAAGGGGGAGAUAGAAGGCCCUUCAGCAGGUGGGGCUUCUGCCACUGGGAAUAUUGACCAUAUCGCUUGAGGCUGAAGCCUCCGAGAACUUGGGAUCCCAUCAUCUGUGAGAUCCAAUCGCCAAGAUGCAUUCAUUCCCAAAGUAAAAGCCAAUUUUCUAUGGAUCAGCCACAUUUCCAGCUGGUACCACGUGUCUUCGUAUACAGUACAUCCCCUCCGUUGCUCCAUCUGGUUUCCUUUUGGACAGCCAGGUUGUGCUCCUCUGUGUUUCCGUUCCUGUAGAGACUCUGAGCCGACAAUCAUACAGCAUGAUCUGCUUGGGUGUUUUCCAUCGUUAAUGUUUUCCUUCCUUGGUUAUAAAUGGAGAUGUCUGAGUUUUCCCAAGCCCUGUUGGGUGGCUAAUUUCACCUCCCCCUCCCGAAUCUGCACGGCAUGUGCAGCUACAGGCUUCGCUGUUAUUUUGGUCCUGCAGAACGGCAAGAGUCACCUGGUUUGGGAGCAGGAGGGUGUAGUGUCAGAGUUUGUGCCAAAGAUAGUCGACGUUAACUUAGGGGUGUUGAGGGAUCAGAAUGACCACGCUAAGGAGGUAUGUGAUUUUACUGGGUGUUGCUGUAGAGGUGCCUCACCAUAAGUGUUUCCGUUAUUGCUUCCUAUGGAUUUAAACCUGCAAGUGAUUGUGUGCAGACAGGGUCCUUUGGCUCAUGGCUGACCAUGGGAAUUCUUCAGUUGACAGCGGUGUGUUGCAAAUUACCUUGGAGAAAGGUGGAGUAAUCAGGUAUCUGUUGGCAGGAAAAACUGCAUUGUGUAUCGGAGAAUCCAUGCAGUUGUCAGUUAUUGUCGGAGAAUGCCUUCACUGCAUAUCAGAGAAUCCACAGGAGAGCACAAAUGCAUUUGUCGGGUAUUGCCAGAGAAUGCCUUUAGAGGAGAGAGAUAUCCCUGAGGAGAGGCAGCCGCCGCCCCUAAUCUUGUUUCAAGAGCCUCUUGGUGAAUACACAGAUGAAAAGACCUUGUGACUGUCAUGGGUGUGUGGAGGGACCCCCUUUUGAUAACUAAAGUUUAAAAAAAUAAUGAUAAUGAAUGUCUAAAUGAACGUGUCCUGAAUUUUGGGAAAGGUUUUGAUCCAGGAGAGAAACUCGAGUGAAACACUAGAGCAGCCUUCGCCAACCGAGUGCCCACCAGAUAUUUUGGACUCCCAUCAGUCUUGGCAUCAUACAGUUGUGCUGAGUAGGGUGAGGGGAGUUAGAACCCAAGACACUUGGAGGGCAUGAGAUUGACGGAAACUGGUUUAGAAGUAGUACUUUACAAAGAACGUGAUGCAUGUUUUUGAGUUGCGGGAGAAGUCUCUCGUUCAGGAGCAAAAUCUGAACACCAGUUUGAGAGGGAUUUCCCAGUUACUUCCACUGACCAGGUCAAUAUUCAACAGCAUCAAAACAGUCAUUUCGUUGACUCUGGACCUGACUCCCCUUUCUGGCUUUUGCGGCACUGUGGAAUUGUCAUAGCACCCAGUUUCUCUGUUACAUAAUGCUCAAUCCUGACAGUUAGAUGUUAUGUAUGUUUCAAGUUUUUUUAAGGCACUGCUGUUGGGAUCUGUGUGUGAUGGAUGGAGAUUUUUGUGGGAGUCUCACACUGCAGCAUCACGUGAAAAGAAAAAGAAAGAAAAAAUGGUAUUUCCCCAGAGUUCCCUCCUUCCCCGACCAUCCACACAAUGUACACAGCCGUUCACUUAGGUGACAAUUUGUAAUCUAAAGUGCCUUCACCAGUCUGGCCACCUCCAGAUGAUUUGCACUCCCAUGUUUUGGACUGCAAGCAGAAGUGCUGUCUGGGGAUGAUGGGAGUUGUAGUCCAAGCGAUCUGGAGGGCACCAGUUUAGAAAGAGCUCUGCCAAAUCCUUCAUGUCAGACACAUUCAUUAUUGGCACGAAGGAGGAGUGUCAUUUGAGGGUUGGCAGAGUCCUGCUGCUAUGGGGGCCCUGAUGGGACGGGGGUUGCCUCAUAUGCCUCAUGCAAAAUGGAUGUGGUCAUGCAAAUUGCUUUUUGCUGGAAUAGGUCUCUAGAAUAGGUCAAGAAGUUUCCUGACUGACAUGUGAGAAGAGAGACUACUUCUGGAGGUGGGCCCUGUUGAGCAGGUGGGCUUGUGCACAUAGGCACUGACUUGCCAGUAAUGUGGAGGCGUUCCACCUCAGAGUGGGCACAAGGGCCAGAUCUUAAAUUGGGCCGGCAUGAUUUGUGACCCGCCAUGUUGAAUAUCACCCACCAGGGCCUCGAUAAACCUCAAUUUUUGCUGCUUAUCCAGGACUGCAAAAAUAAGGUGGUCAUCAAAUACGCUGCAGGCCAUUGUAGGGGGUGGGCUAACGUCAGCUUAGUGUAGCUUUCACCGACUGGGUGCCCUCCAGAAAGUUUUCCCAGGUUGCAGUCCAAAUCAUCUGGAGGGUGCCAGGUUGGCAAAGGCUGCUCUAAUGGGUCAUAGGUUGGAAUGGGCACUCCAGAUUUGCAGGCUUGGCUUCUUCAUGUGACCGGCCUCGUCCCACAAACGGCCUGCCACACAAAGCCAUCACCGUGCAGGUGAUGCAACCAAACGUUGCUGGUGUUUAUAUCACUUCUUCCUCGGUGGCUGUUUGUGAACAGCCUCUCCCCCCGCAGCCCCUCCCAGGACCCCAAAAGGCAAACAGCAACACCAAAAAGCUGACCAAUGUACAUUUUUAAAAAUUUGAUUUUUUUAAUAAAAAGUGGCCUUUUAAAAAUUAACACGAAGGUGGUUUUGUGAAAGUGUCCUCAGAAAGGAUGCUCUUUUAACAUGCUCUGGGGAAAAUAAAAACCCAGAUACAAAACGAGCAUUUUCCACCCAGGGUGCUUGUUGUACAAGUGCUGUUGUGAUGCCUGAAGAACAAACGGACACUUUCUGGCUCUUUCCCACCUAAACGUUUACUGUGUGAGGCAGUCCUGAGAGGUCGUCCCUGGGCUCUGAAUUCAGGAUCCUCUGGAGAAAUGUUGAAUCCUGGGCGUGUGCGUGUGGGGAAGUAAUAUCGGGUUCCUUUUGCUACCCCCAAAUCUACAGUGACCCAGGUCCCUCUUCCCACUUCUUUGCAGGGGAAGGUCCAGUUGACCAGUUGUAGCAUUGCCUGCUGGGGUUCAUGGGUGGGUCCCUUGGAUAGGCACGUCCCGUCCCCUCCCUCUGUGCGCUCUCCAGCGUCCUGGUGACAACUGCUUAGAUGGGACAGACGCAACAUUAACUGGAAAGCCAACAUUCCUCAAGAUGUGGAUUAAGUACUGGGGUGGGAGGGGUGUUCUUGGCCUGCUGGUGAAAACCAAGAGUUGCUCCACGGAAGAUGCUUCAUGCAAAAUUGCAGUGCUUUGAUGAUGCACCUUAUUCCCCUCCCUGCUUGAGCCCCUUUCUAUGUUAAAUAAAAUUCAGUUUGCCUUUA